AUGACAGUAACUACUCUAGGAGCUGUAACUGUAGCUCUGCCAUGGCACGGAGAUAAGUAUGACCUGUAUUUUCCCGUCAAAGUAGCCAUCGACUAUUUCAAUAUAUAUGCACGAAAUUUUCUAACGUACAUUAUACUACAUUUAUACAAUCAGUUUUGCAUGCUCAUUGAAAAACUUAAAACACUGUCUGACAACAAACAUCAAGGUCUGGUGACACAAGAACUGAUCUACUGCAUCAAACUUCACCAAACACUUCUCGAGUACAAAGGUGAAUUAUACAUAAAACUGAUCAACGAUUUACUAUAUUACCCGAUAUACUUUUAUUCAGCUGGUGAAGUCACAAUAGGAUUAACUAUAAUUCUGUGCCCUAAAAACACAUUGAUCGAUUUACUGAGAGCUAUACUAGCCGCACUAAUUACCGGCUCUGCGGUAGCAGGUUGUUGCUUCCUUGGACAAAUAUUAGAAAACGCGUCUGAAGAAACUUUUAACGCCGCUUAUAGUGCACCAUGGUAUACAUGGAAUACCAAAAAUAGAAAAUUGUUUCUGCUCUUUCUUCAACUAACCGAAAAGAAAGCAAUUUUGUCGAGUUCUGGGAUUAUCACUGUAAACUAUCAACUGCUGAUAAGACUUUUUCGAGCUGUUUACUCCACUGUGAUGUGUAUUAUCCAACUACGGAGUAACAACGAUUGA